GCAUUCUUACGCGAAAUUCGAAUAUGUUUUGUACUUUUUAGAACAAAUUCCAAAGGCCAUUUUCCAUGUAAUAAAUAUUUAUGUACAAAUAAAGUCAAUAUUGUACAGUAAAUUUACGACUGUAUUUUUUGUACAUGGUUUAGAAAGAUGUAUAGCUCAAUACCAAGGAACGAAAAUAUGAUAAUAAUUCAAUAUGCAAAAAUCCAAAAAAGAAUACCAAACAAUUUUUCAUCUCUAGCUACAGUCCUAAAAGGUUGGCAGCACCACUAAAGUUUUUUAUGUUUUGUCGUUAGUCGUUUCGCUCGGCGUCUUUCAAGUAAACAAAAUGUGUGACAAAAUUAAACUGUGCGGCAGUUCUGCAGAGCAUUCUGACGAUGCUGAAGAAUAUAUAGUGGAGAAAAUAAUUGGACAGCGCUUCAUUGAAGGGCGUCCUAUGGCGCUGGUGAAAUGGAAGGGUUUCCCGGAAGAAGCUAACUCCUGGGAGCCACUAGAAAACCUGCACAAUUGCAUGAAACUUUUUUGCGACUUUCAGGCAGCGCUAUAUAAGCAACAGCAAAAGGCCUCCUCAAAUCACGAGGAAUUAAUUACUGGCCUAUUGAUGACUGACAAUAGCCACAAUAGACCUGUGAAUGCUAAAAAAAAGUCUGAAUCGAAUCAAAAAGAAAAUUCAUCAGCAAAUGCGUCUAGGAAAUCAAAAGCAAACAAAAAGGAAGAGGCAGAAGUAAACAAACCGAGCAUAAGCAAGGAAUCAAUUAAAAAUCUACCAACGACAUCUGAGAAUAUCCAUGGCGAUAAUGGUCCCAAUAAGAUUUUCAAGUCGCUACAAAACAAAUGCUUGAGCGAAUCUAGCGAUGAGGAGAAUCUGGCAGCAACACCCUUACCCGACCUUCAAGCAGGUUCACCCAAACGACACACAGCAUUGAUACCCAAAGCUUUAGAUUUGCAACAGCAAGGAAAACCUCUGAUUGAAUCACCAGAUUCACUACUGCAUCAAAAACCGUGUCAGGAUGAAAGCAUCAGUUCCGAUUCGGAAGACUCCUCUUCCAGCUCGUCAUCAUCAUCCAUCAGGUCGUCGUCGCCAGGAUCCCUGACUAGCUCAUCGUCUUCAUCCAAAUCCGCCGAGAAAGUUCCCAAGAUCAUUUCGCUGGACCAGCUUAAGGGAGAUUCUCGCAAAUGGGAAGCCAAUAAGCGGGCGGUCAAGUUUGCCAGUCUAACCCCUAAUCCCACAAGCCCCAGCUCGUUCACGCCGAAGACGAAUAUUUUACAUAAUCGGAUGCUAAGAUCAAAGACAACAGAAGGUCCAAUUGAUUCCGAAUUGCCGAGAGUACAAAAAAAACUUACUCCGCAGCAUACCAAUCGGAACAUCCCCGAGCCACUAAAGAUUUCGUCUGAACAAGAAACGAAAUCCAGCCAGGUAUUAACGCGACACAUGAUCCACGCUGGGAGCCACAAGGUGGAUAUUUGCCCAGAUCAGCCACAGACGACUGGGGCUAAAAAGAAGGAGUCGAAUAUUUCACCCGAAGAGAUGUCGGCACAAGGCAUAGCCAGGAGCACCACUCGUUCAAAAGCCGGUGGUCGCAGGAGUGAAAAAGUACCAGAUUGGAGAAUGGAAGAGCGAAAGAAAUUAUUUGGAUUGAAACGUGGCCUGGAGCUGGACAAAAUAGUUCACAGCUUUCAGGUGCGCGAAAAGCUCUUUCUAUUCGUCUCCUGGAAGGGCUGCUUGGCUAUCGAUGCAGUGCUAAUAGAAGAAAUCAAGGAAAAAUACCCAAGGCAAAUAAUAGAGUACUUCGAGAGCUUGAAAAUCAAAGUUCCUGAGUAAAGAUGUCUAGUACGUGGUAUGUACCACUAUUUGACCAGAAGACGAAUUUCUUAUAACAAAAACAUAAUCAACGACAAGUUCAAGGUCGCCGAAUAUUAUUUCUAUGAUCUGUUGGAUACAGUGAAUAUUUUUUGUUUUUUUUUGCAUUUAAUCUAAAAGUGAGAUGUAUCACAAAAUGUUUUAUGUUUUCUAUACAUGUGGAAGUAUGUAUUAUCUAUGGUUUCAAUGUUAGAAGUAACGUGAUAUUCUAACUUUAUGUUCAAUAAACUAUUUUUUUUCUUUUUUCGCUUGACAUCUGAUACUUUGUGAAGUCUUUGCCUGCGAUAGAGGAAUUUAAGCCCGAAGGUCGCACCACUUUAUAGCAACGAUCAACUUCAAUAACCAAAUUCAUAUUACGAGCAUAACCAAUAUCUUGUUCUAACCACACAGAAAUGAACUCCCAUUGAAUUGGUUAGAGCAGUUGGCUUAAAUGUCAUUGGGUGGUUGGCCAAAAUCGAACUUUAGCCAACCCGCUCGAUGGCCCCAACCAAAGUUGUUGACAUUUUUGGUUGACUUUUUGAAUUAUUUCCAGCAUCGCCCCACAAACCUCUGCAAUUAUCUUGCAUUGGUAUUUCUUUUGUUGCACUUUUCGGGGUGUGUUCUGGGCUAAGGAGAGACUCCAUUGAUGAAAAUGAGUUUUAUAUGUUAAUUUUGGUCAGCUCCACUGCAUUCUUCGAAUUGAGGUGGAAUGUGUAUUGUGGUUGGAAAGUGGGUGCUGGAUGGAAUUGAGGGUUUUUCAAUGCUUUGAGUCAGUUAAUUGUCGAACUUUGAAUGUUAAUGUAAUUUCUGGUUAGUGGCCUCUUCAAGUUAGUUCAUUUGUAUAGAUUAAUGGCAGAAUUCAAAGCAUUUCCUAUAUGUUUUCCUAUAGUUUCGAGUUUCCUGAUCUGUUUUUUGCCCCUCAUAAGCUUAUUUUGAUUGCUCUUAGGCUCUUUCUCCUUAUAAUGCUUGUAACACUGCACAAUUUCUCAUUAAUCACCGACUUCCAGAGCUUCGGCUUUGUUUAGUUUCGUUUUGUAGGUUGCUUUUGGCAUUUUCGUAUGGGUGAGCUACACCUACGAUUUCCGCACUUGUACAAAAAUGCGUCUACCCUUUAUUUGUUGUUGUUGUUGUUGUUGUUGUGUUAUUUGUGUUGUUUUGCACUCAUGGCAGACUAAGCCAAAUGUUUGAGCCAUGAGUCAGAGUCAGAGCCAAAGCAAAGUAAGGCAAGUAAGACUUCAAGCCUCUUGUCGAUAUGGCACUGGCACGCCCCAUCCAUCGAAGUGCAUUGAACGCAUUUACUUCUCGCUGCCUCGCUUCGCACUCGUUUUUCCAUGCACAUUUUCGCUUUUCUUUUUAAUUGGGAUUUCUGGCUUUGGCUUUUCCUCGACUCCGUUUUCCCUGGCUUUUGCAUUCGCUACGUUUCGUUUUACUUUCGCGUCACUAACUUGUUGCAACUGU